CUUCAACCGAAGCUUGGAGCUAUCAUCCAUUUUUCCUCAGCUUCCAAAACCUGCGAUACCCAGAUAUACCAAACGAUAUUCCACCUCAACGCACUGCGUCUGCAUCUUUCAGCCGGCGUGCUUGCUAAUUUGGAUUUGAUUCUUUCAGGCAUGAUCUGAAGUAGCCGCUGAGCUCGUGGAAGCACGAGAUCUUGCGCGCGACAUUAGAAGUCAGAGACUGCCAUUGUAUUUUUUUUUCCUCUUUGUUUUUUUCCGUUCUCUUAUGAGACACAGCUUCAGUCCUCAACUUGUAAAACAUAACUUUAAACCAUCAUGCCCCCCAGAUUACCAGUGCAGGCCAGUUCAUGGCGGCCCGUUGCUGAAUCCGUCUCAUCACACCUUUCUUCACCUGCGGCAUCGACAAUAAUACCCUCAAUACCAUCCUCCGCGCAGAGGUGUCCCAGCAAUGCAAGGGCCUUCUCCGCAACGGCCCCGGCGUCUGGACGUCUAGGGCGCAGGCAGAUGCGGCAAUGGAUGAAGCAAAACGAGCACAAGUACAAGGCCCUCGAAAGGAGGCCCUUUGAGGGCUCGCAAUACCUUUCCGGCAAUUCAUCCCAACCUUUCCCGCUCAACCCUCACUUCAGGAGCGCGCCGGUGCUGUCGGAGAGUGCGCGUGAGCUUGUCUGGGAGAAGGUUAUGGUCAAGGGCGAGCCGAUGAAGUCGGUGUCGGCUGAGCUUGGCAUCGACAUCAGGAGGAUCGGCGCGGUUGUGAGGCUCAAGGAAGUCGAGAAGGACUGGAUCGCAAAUAACAAGCCUCUUGCCCGUCCCUACGCAAAGGCCUUUAUGGCCUUGCUCCCGCAAACACGGUACGAUGAUUCCAAUUCUCAAAGAAUUCAUGAGCAAUUCAACGAGGUUGUCGUGCACCCGUACACUCAGCAACAACUCUUCUUCCCUGUCUCCGAGUCCCGCGAAUUCAACCGUGAGGAUGCCGCAAAGGCCUUCAACCGCUACCUCAAGUCUACCGAUGAGCGUAUCCCUCACCCGGAGCUUGUCCAGAUGGAGCGUCAGAUCAACGUCGAAGGCGUUGCUCCCUUGGAGGCGGCUAAGGCUUUCCGUCAAGCUACUGCUGAGGCCGAGCAAAAGAUCGCCGAGAGGGCGGAGCGGGCCGCCCGUAAGGAGGCCAGCCUCAUCACCCGUGUGAACGACAAGCGUGGAGUUGAGUUCAGGUUCAAGGACUACAACGUCGAUUCAGUUGGUCACAACGGAAGGGGCCUGGAGGGCGUCGGUGUGAGGUAUGGUGUUGCAUCGUAUGACCGCAAGAGGGGAGAGGUCAAGAUCCCUACCAAGGUGGAGUAAACUCCCGCUCUGUUGGGACUCGGAUUCCCUUGGAACGCAACAUUCGUCCAGCUGUAUCAUUCACUUGGUCUCGGAUGUAGUCCAAGUGAGCUCUGUAGCAUAUGUUUCAAAAUUGUACCACGAGAUAUAUACCAAAUUCUAUAUGAGCUCGCAUGAGCAGAUGCCAUCUGGCAGCCUUCAAGUCUAAGUCUACCAUUCAUCAGGCCUCGGUGUUUCCAGGUAAAGCCGCCACAUACUCGGCAU